ACCGUCUGCAACUCAGAGCAGAGCAGAGACUCCCGCGAGACCAGCACAGGACCAUGAAGGGACUUCUGCUAAGCCUGGGGCUGUUGGCUGCAUGCGCCUUCUCUGCGAUGGCCGAGGUGCCCGUUCAGCCCGACUUCCAGGAAGACAAAAUUCUCGGGAGGUGGUACAGCAUCGGCCUGGCCUCCAACUCCAAGUGGUUCCAAGCCAACAAAGACAAGUUAAAGAUGUGCACGACGACCAUCACGCCCGCCGCCGACGGGGACCUCCAGGUCGUAGCCACGUUUCCCAAGAUGGAUCGCUGUGAGCAGAAGACAAUGAGCUACACGAAGACCGAGCAGCCGGGGCGAUUCCUGUCCAGAGGCUACGGAGGCGAAAGUCUCAUCACCAUCGUCGAGACAAAUUACCAGGAAUAUAUUCUGAUGCAUGCCAGGAAAACGAAAGGCGCCGAGGUGAACACCAUCGUGUCCAUGUUCGGGAGAGGGAAGGAGCUGCCCCCGAACCGGCUGCAGGAAUUCCACCAAUUCUGUCUGGAUCAGGGUCUGUCCCAGGACAACAUCCUCAUCCUGCCCCAGACCGAUAAGUGCAUGACCGAGGAGUAAGCGGCGUCGUUCCUCUACCUGUCCACUGGGUGGCGCUGCUCCUGGGGAUUCGCUCGGCUCCUGAGCCAGGCUGUGCAAUCAAUAAAAAAAUGUAGCCCUCAAA